GCUACCAAAGCUCACAUCAAGCUCAACACUAAGAAGCUUUACCAGGCAGAUGGCUAUGCAGUGAAGGAGCUGCUGAAGGUCACCUCUGUGCUGUAUGGAGCUAUGAAUACCAAGGGGGUGGAACGUGCGGACACGAGCGAGGAAGACGGCAGCAAGUUCAAGUUUGAUCUUGGCUCAAAAGUUGCUGACUUGAAGGCAGCUAGACAGCUUGCUUCUGAAAUCACCUCCAAAGGAGCAAGUCUGUACGACUUACUUGGCAAAGAAGUUGAGCUGAGGGAAGCAAGAACAGAAUCUAUUGCCAGACCUUUGGAGAUAAAUGAGGCUGAGAAGACGAUGAAAAUUGCAAUUGACUGUGUUCUGGAAGAAGUCCAAAAGACUAAAGAAAUGUUGAAUAAUGUGGCUUUGGAUGAAGCCAGUUUGGAAGCCAAGAUUGAAAAACGAAAAUUGGCACUGGAAAGAAGCCAGAAGAGGCUACAGACUCUACAAAGUGUUCGUCCUGCUUUCAUGGAUGAGUAUGAGAAGAUUGAGGAGCAGCUGCAGAAGCAAUACAGUAGUUAUCUAGAAAAAUUCCGUAAUCUGACCUACCUGGAGCAGCUCCUGGAAGAUCAUCGUAGGACAGAGCAAGAGAUGUUUGAGGAAGCAGCAAGCAUGUUGCGUCUUAUGCAGAACAGGCUGAAGGAAGAGGAGCAGCACCUGCUUAAGAGUGGAAAUAACGAUGAUUCCGACGUAGAGAUUCAAGAGGACGAAGGAUCCGACAGUGAAGUGGAAGACAGGCACGUCAUGAAGCAGCGCGUCGCCACAGAAUCACUGCUGCAAGGAAGAGCUGGCGCACGGAUCGUGGGAACAAUGCAAGGUGGAGACACAGAGGAAGAUGGGAGAUCUGCCCCAGCACGGCAAGGCACGCGCAGGAUCAUCACCACAGCACAGGAGGACUCGGGGGAUAGUGAGAUUGGCCUCGAUGAAGAUGAAGAUGAGGAAGAGGAUGAUAUGGAAGACGACAGUGUGGAAAUCUCCCCGAGCAAAUCCAGUCACCGAGCAAGGAAGCCAGAGCCACUAGAGGAAAGUGAUAAUGACUUCUGA